AUGCAAAUUAUUAACCAAGGUGAUAAGUAUAACCCUUACGCACCGUUUGGCGAUUUCUUGCAAGGCAAAUUACUAAAAUCAUCUCGCACCAUUGAUAAGACAUACGAUGAUUUUAAAGAAUAUUUGGACGAUAAGCAGAAUUUAGAGAAUGCUUUCAAUGAAUUUAAGUACGAAUUCAGCAAAUCGUAUGAAUCGCGUGAAGAGGACCGUCGGAGGGAACAGAUAUUCCGGGACAACAUGUUGCGAGUGUACGGACACAACUUGAAAGCUCUGGACGGCAAGUAUUCGUAUACAUUACGGGUCGGUGUGGACGCGGAUUUGACUCCUGACGAGUUUAGACAGAAUCACACGCGUUGUCCGUUCGCACUGAACCGACCCAUAGCUCACAAUGAGUCCCACACCGGCGAUAAGAGC